AUGGCACCUUCGGUCUUCGAUUCAACUGAAGUUUAUAUUACUGAAAAGUACCAUCGCGAGAGUAAAAGUAAUCAUCAGCAUUCUAGCAAUCAUGGCGGGCUCGAAUUGCUACAUGCCCGUGAGGCCUCCAAAGAAUUGAUCCUGAACAUACUCAGAAACAAAGCUGCUAGCAUCGAUGUGCAAAACUGCUGCCCCGGCGAAGAGGACCCGUUCUAUGUGGCGGAUCUAGGAGAAAUUUACCGCCAGCAUGUCCGCUGGAAGAUGAACCUGGGACGCGUCAAGCCCUUUUACGCGGUCAAAUGCAACCCCGAUCCUCAAGUCCUCCGUCUCAUGGCUCACCUGGGAAACGGCUUCGACUGUGCGUCCAAGGCCGAAAUUGACUAUGCCCUCGAUGCCGGUGUUGAUCCAAGUCGCAUCAUCUACGCUCAUCCGUGCAAGACAAAAUCGUACCUUCGCUAUGCUGCGCAGCAGGGCGUCAAACAGAUGACCUUUGAUAAUGCCGAUGAGCUGUACAAAAUCAAGGCCAUGUGCCCAGAUGCGGAGCUCUUCCUGAGAAUUCUAACCGACGAUUCCGCCAGCUUGUGUCGUCUCAGCAUGAAAUUUGGUGCCUCUCUCACUGUGACUCGUUCUCUGCUUGAACUGGCCAAGGAACUGGACCUAAACGUGGUUGGAGUGAGUUUUCAUGUUGGCUCGGGAGCCGAGGAUCCAAAGGCAUUUGUCAAGGCCGUUGAAGACGCGCGUUUUGUCUUUGAUCAAGCUUCGGACAUUGGCCACGAUCUCAAGGUCCUAGAUGUCGGCGGUGGCUUUUGCGACGAAACAUUUGAACAUUUUGCGGCAGCCCUGAGUGAUGCUCUGGACACAUACUUCCCUCCGCAUAUUCGCGUCAUCGCCGAACCCGGCCGUUAUUACGUUGCGUCGGCUUUCACGCUCGCAGCCAAUGUUAUCGCUCGUCGCGAUGUCAGCCCCUCGGCGUCCGAUUCCGAUUCUUCCACCGGCCCUGCUGAAAUGUACAUGAUCUAUCUCAACGAUGGAGUCUACGGAAACUUCUCAAACAUUGUUUUCGACCAUCAGCACCCGGUAGCUCAGAUCCUCACUAAAGAUGACAUUACUUCCACCCAUCCCGUGGAGUAUUCCAUCUGGGGGCCGACCUGCGACGGAAUCGACGUGAUCAGUGAGCGGAUCACACUCAAUGGUGUCUUGGGCGUGGGCAACUGGCUGUAUUUUGAAAACAUGGGUGCUUACACCCGAUGCAGCGCAACACGCUUUAACGGCUUCGCCGACAAUCAUGACAUCAUUUAUAUUUCUACCGAACCCAGUGCCGCUGCGCUUUUGGGAUACUAA